CGCCAAUUACAAAUAGAUAGAACCCUCGCCGAGCCGGUAACCACGGGAAGCAUAUCGAUGACGCCAUUUUCCCCGCAUCUCGUCGCCGCCGCCGCCGCGCUCCUCGGCGUCCUCGCCACCGCCGUCGCCGGAGGCGGGACGGGCGCCUACACCCGCGUGUUCAGCUUCGGCGACUCGCUCACCGACACCGGCAAUGCGCUGCACCUCCCGUCCACCGGCGGCGGCGGCGGCCCGGCCAGCCGCCCUCCCUACGGCGAGACCUUCUUCCGCCGCCCCACCGGCCGCGCCUCCGACGGCCGCCUCGCCGUCGACUUCAUCGUGGAGGCGCUGCGGCUGCGGCACCCGGCGCCGUACCUCGCCGCCGGCGGCGAGACGGCGGCGGAGUUCCGGCACGGCGUGAACUUCGCCGUCGGCGGGUCGACGGCGCUGCCGCCGGAGUUCUACGAGGGCCGUGGUCUCAAGCCGUUCGUGCCGGUCUCUCUCGCGAACCAGACCGCCUGGUUCUACAAAGUCUUGCAGAUUCUUGGAUCUUCAGAUCACGGGAGGAGGAAGAUCAUGGCGAGCUCGCUGUUCAUCGUCGGGGAGAUCGGCGUGAACGACUACCUCGUCUCCCUCGUCGGCAACCUCACCGUCGGCGAGGUCGAGACCUCCGUCGUGCCGCACAUCGUCGCUGCCAUCCGCUCCACCGUGAACGUACGAGGUGAUCGCCGCCGGAGCGACGACGGUGGUGGUGCCGGGGAUGAUACCUCUCGGCUGCGAGCCGCAGCUGCUCGCGCUCUACCAGGGCGGCGGCGGCGUCGCCGGCGACGACUACGACCCGGAGUCCGGCUGCAUGACGCGGCUGAACGGCCUCGCCGAGCACCACAACCGCGAGCUGCGCCGCGCCGUCGCCGAGCUCCGCGGCGCGCACCCAGGCGCGUCCGUCGUCGUGGCCUACGCCGACCUCUACCGCGCCGUCGCCGACAUCGUCGCCUCGCCGGGGAGGCACGGGUUCGGGGGCGCGCCGCUCGCCGCGUGCUGCGGCGCCGGCGCCGGCGCGUACAACUUCGACAUGGCGGCAUUCUGCGGCGCGGCGGGGUCGACGGCGUGCGCGGACCCGUCGGCGUACGUGUCGUGGGACGGCGUGCACUUCACCGAGGCGGCCAACAGGCACAUCGCCUGCGCCGUGCUGGAGGCCGGCGGCGGCGCACCGCCGGCCGUGGCAACGCCGCUGGCGACGUGGUCGGCGGCGGCGGAGGCUGGACGUAGUAGGAUAGGGUGCUCUUAGACUGAGUAUACGUGGAUGGCUGGGAUAGCUUCCACGUGGAGGCCCACGGUGAGCCCGUGGCCCUACGCCCUCUUGCUGAACAUGUGGAUGAAUUGAUCCAUCACCUUUCUGUUUUGUUGACCAGUGAAGCAGACUACUGUUGGCUGUUGCCGUCAGACAUUUGGGCAAAAGAUGUAUUCAGUGAUGUCAUACUGAUAUAUUGGAAAUUACUUUGUCACAAUGUUACAAAAUCAA